AUGGGUUCUCUGGCCCUGCAACUGUGCGCUCUCGUCUGCCUGGUGGUUCACUCAGUUUCUGGCAGCCCCAUCAUGAGUCUGGAGCAGUCACCUCUGGAAGAAGAUAUGCCCCUCUUCGAUGAUGUCUUCUCAGAGCAAGAUGGUGUCGACUUUAACACAUUGCUGCAGAGCAUGAAGAAUGAAUUCCUCAAGACACUGAACCUCUCCGACAUCCCCUCGCAGGAUUCAGCCAAGGUUGACCCACCAGAGUACAUGCUGGAGCUCUACAACAAAUUUGCAACAGAUCGGACCUCCAUGCCAUCUGCCAACAUCAUUAGGAGCUUCAAAAAUGAAGAUCUGUUUUCCCAGCCAGCCAGUUUUAAUGGGCUCCGAAAAUACCCUCUCCUCUUCAAUGUGUCCAUUCCUCACCAUGAAGAGGUUAUCAUGGCUGAACUGAGGUUGUACACGCUGGUGCAAAGAGAUCGCAUGAUCUAUGAUGGAGUAGACCGAAAAAUUACCAUUUUUGAGGUACUAGAGAGCAGAGGGGACAGUGAGGGUGAAAGAAGCAUGCUGGUCUUGGUGUCGGGGGAGAUCUAUGGAACCAACAGUGAGUGGGAGACUUUUGAUGUCACUGAGGCCAUUAGACGUUGGCAAAAGUCAGGUUCAUCCACCCACCAGCUGGAGGUCCACAUUGAGAGUAGACACGACGGAGUUGAGGAUGCUGGCAGGGGACAACUGGAAAUAGACACCAGUGCCAGGAAUAAGCAUGUCCCUUUGCUUGUCGUGUUUUCUGAUGACCAAAGCAGCGAGAAGGAGCGGACAGAAGAACUGAAUGAAAUGAUUGCCCAUGAGCAACUUCUGGAGUUUGACAACUUGGGCAUGGACAGUUAUUCCAGCGGACCUGGAGAAGAAGCUUUGCUGCAAAUGAGGUCAAACAUCAUCUAUGACUCCACUGCCCGCAUCAGAAGGAAUGCUAAAGGAAACUACUGCAAGAGGACCCCGCUCUACAUCGAUUUCAAGGAGAUUGGCUGGGACUCUUGGAUCAUCGCCCCACCUGGAUAUGAAGCCUACGAAUGCCGUGGGGUUUGCAACUACCCCCUUGCAGAGCAUCUCACACCCACAAAGCAUGCGAUUAUCCAGGCCCUGGUCCACCUCAAGAAUUCCCAAAAGGCUUCCAAAGCCUGCUGUGUGCCCACCAAGCUAGAGCCCAUCUCCAUCCUCUACUUAGACAAAGGCGUGGUCACCUACAAGUUCAAAUAUGAAGGCAUGGCAGUCUCUGAAUGUGGCUGUAGAUAG